AUGUCUAGGCCUACACCUUUGCUAUGGGGAAUCGAUCAACAGGUUUUGGACACAGAGCAUGGUGGUUCCUUGAAGCGUGGUAGGAUGCACUCAUGCAACUUCAUGGAUGUGGUGUCAUUCAAACCAGAUGUUCCCUGGCCAGAGCAGAGAGAUGCAGACUUGCAACGUGGUAUCAUGCUUUGGACUGGUGUGACAAGCAAAUGGAGUGACAGCUGUUCUCUGUUGGGCAAAAUUGCAGACAUGCGCAAUGAGGCCGAGGUUUUCAACAUGUUUGCACAUGUUUUCUCAGGACGUGCACCGGUGACAGUCAGAAAACGUGGCACUGCCAUACUGAGAGUGUGCAACUACUUGGAAUCAGAGAUGUUGGAACUCUUUCCCAUGAAGGAGAUCACUUUUUACAGGUUCCUAUGUCAUGAGCAGUUGCAUGGAGCCCCAGCCAGCAGGUUACAGGGCUACAUACAAGCCAUAGCAUUCUGCCGGCAUGUGCUGGACGUACAAGAGCUACAGACGGUGCUUGACAGUAAGCGAUGCAGCGGAGUUGCAAGAGAGACGUGCCCAAGGGAAAGGAAGCAGGCGAGCCCACUCACAGUUGUGGAGCUCCAAAAGCUUCAUCAAGUGGUAGAUGAAGCUCCAGACAUUUGGGACGCAAUAUUCGCUGGAGCAGCCUUGCUGUGUUGCUAUUGCAGAGGACGCUGGGGUGACCUGAUGCGAAGUGAGACAGCCUUUUUGGAUGUCGACGACAACAAACAGCCAGCGUAUCUGGAGACUCGCACUGGGAGGCACAAGACCAUGAGUUCGCAGAUGCAUCGACAUCAGUUCCUUCCCAUGGUGGCACCAGUGAAGGGUGUCCAUGGAUGUGACUGGGCAACGCCGUGGAUGAAUCACAGAACAUCCAUGGGCCUAGCUUUCCCGCCGGAAGGAGCCCAGGUUCGACUCGCCGAUCUGUUGGGCCUGCUUCAACAAGGUGGGAAACGCAAAGCAGUUUCACUGGAUCAGGAGUCGAACAUCGACCCUAGAGCUUGCAAAGUUGGUGGAAAAGGCAAAACUGUUGAAGACAGAGGCCGCUACACACCUUCAGUGUCAUCAGGGGCGAAAGGCAAAACUGUUGAAGACAUGGGCCGCAGAACACCUGAAGUUUCACAUGAUUCUCAACACCCUAAGGGUACUCAGUUGGGGAGCGCUGCAACAAACUACCGCCAGAAAUUCAGUGGCAAACUUGUCAGCGACCUCAUAUUUGUGGAGAUAUGCGCUGGAAGUGCAAAAUUGACGCGCGCUGCACGCGAUGCAGGGUUCACAGGGAUUGCCAUCGACCAUACUAGCAGCAGGUCUUGUGGCGUUGAUAUUUGCAUCUUCGAACUUGAAGACCAAUCCCAGGUGGAUGAGCUCUGCAACUUCCUGGAGGCUGAAGCAGCCAACAUAGCGGCCAUAUGGAUAGCACCGUCAUGUGGUACGGCCAGCAGAGCGCGAGAGCGCAGGCUUCCGCAGCUACAACAACUUGGAGUGGAAGUGCCAGUGCCAUUACGGUCGGAGACACAACCAGACCAACUUGAUGGACUGAAUGGCACAAAUAAAGUCAAGGUCGAAAAGGCCAACUUGCUUUACAGCGCGGUCGAGCAGAUCACCAGGACAGCAUGCAGGGCAGGCAUCUUCACUGGCAUUGAAAAUCCAAGCAACAGCCAUUAUUGGGGCACAACACCGAUGGCAAAUAUCAUAGCAGAGUUUGGCAGCAAGUAUGUGAACUUUCAUAACUGCUGCCACGGCGGUUGGCGUGACAAGUUGACUGCAGUCUGGGUCAACGAUGAUUGGAUUGAUUCAUUGGAAGCUAGAUGCGACAAGUCCCAUGAGCACAAAUCGUGGAAAGUGACAAUUUCAAAGCAGAAGGUGCACUUUCCUACGGCUGAAGAGGCAGCCUACCCCUCAGUGCUGUGCCAGCGCAUUGUGGACUGUGUCAAACACAAAGUUGUUCAGUUUGGUGCCAUUUUUUCCACCACAUUAAGUGAGCAAGUGGAACAGCCGGACGCAGACGCGGCUGGACGCAUAGCAUUGGGUGCUCUGCCAAGAGGCGCCAAAAUACGACCCUUGGUUGCCGAGUUUGGCAAUUAUGUGGCGGUGGUGGCACCUACACAACAAACUGACAAGAUUGACAGCUUCCUUGCGAAGAUGAGUAGGGCGUUCAAUGCAAACAACUUGGAGGCCUUUGGCAAGAGGCAAGAGGCUGAGCUUGAAGAGGCCACGUGGCGAGAAACUGAAGCUGAGUUGGAAAAAGGACACAAGAUUCGAGUCAUUGAUGAUUGCACAUGCUGUGGACUGAAUCUCACAGUAGGUUUGCACGAGAAGUUCAAGCUCCAUUCAGUGGAUUUCCUGGCGGCGCUGAUAGGGUUUGCAUUGAAGAUGUGCCCUGCAGGGGCGAGGCGCGCGCUGCUUUUCCUUCAACAGAGAGUUGCUGUGGGGAAGCCGCUGACCAUUGAACCUUCCGUGCAUUCGACCUGGUACAUUUUUACAGAUGGUGCGUGCGAACCUGAGACAGCAUCUGGAUCAGUGGGAGGCGUUUUAUACAGCCCCAGUGGCGAAUGUUUGAAAUAUUUCGGCGGAAGUGUCCCCGCGGUUAUCAUGCAGGACUUGCUCUCGAGGUUUGACAAAGUCAAAAAGCUUGGAGCAAUGGAAACCAACAUAGAUUGGGAGAAAGUUGCCCAGCACCUUGAGUUAGAGACUGGGGCAGAGAGCGGAAGGUGCUGA